AUGGGUGAAACUUCUAUUGCAUCCCGAACAAGCGUGCGAUUUUUCACCACUAUGAGUCAUCAUAUGUCUAACCCAACCCGAUUGAUCGGUAAACUUCUUCCCAUAUCUCGAACAAGAGAACGGCCUCUCACCAGCGUGAAUCCUCAUAUGUGUACGCAG